AUGAAGGUGGGAAAAAAAGUUAGGGAAUAUAAAGCGGGAGACUUUAUAUUCGCUAAAGUGAAAGGAUAUCCAGCGUGGCCUGCAAGAGUGCAACGACCAAAUGGAAAGAAAUACUUUGUGUAUUUUUAUGGGACGGCUGAAACAGCUAAUCUGCCGCCGAAUAUGAUUUUCGAUUACGCCGAGAAUAAAGAUAAAUUUUUGACUAAAACAGUUAAACGGCGAGAUUUUAAUGAUGGCGUUAAACAGAUCGAAUAUGACUUCGCUAAUAAUGUUCCGGUGGAGCAGGUUGUUGGUUCGUCUUCGAAAGAACCAACGAACAAUGAAACUAAUGAAGAUGACUCGGCCCUUGAGACGACGGCUGAUGACACGAUGGCGGAUGAGUCGACACUUAAUAUGACACAAAAUGACACAUUAGCUGACGAAUCGGACGUUGGGUUAGCCAUUGACGAAGUUAAGACCAAGGGCAAAAAGUCAAUUAAAACAGCAAAGGAAACGCCGAAGAAGGAAGUAAAAACACCGAAAGCGAAGAAGAACGAGGAAGAAGAGAAGAAGGACGAGGAAAUUGUUAGUAGAAGCGGAAGGAAGAUCAAGCCUAAGAGAUUCAUUGACGAACAUACAGAGGAGAACACGGCUUUGCAAGCCCCAGCUGCGAAGAAGAAACGCGCGAUUUCACCGACUCCGGAAAAGGAGGGGAAGAAAGAGAUGUUUAAACACUAUCGUGUUACUUUACAGUCGGAACUUGAAGAUCUUAAAGAACCCUUUAAUAGUGAUGAGACAGAUAAGGAGAACAUAUUGAUUGCAUAUCUGCCUUCGGGACAGUAUGUUGGUAUCAAGCUGUUCCAAUCAAGGCCAACCAACUUCAAGGAUGAGGCUGCUAGGCUGAAAUGGGACAAGCAACAGGCGGCGAAUGCUAUCACCAUGAAACUGCAAUUAGAGCAUGGCCAGAUAACAGCUCAAUCUGUGGCUGGACAGCUUAUUACGGAGUUACAUUUGAACGAUGAAGAGAAGGAGCUCUUGGACAAGGAAAACGAUCUUGGUGGUAAGAAAUCCCGACUCCACUUCCUAAAGACGGAAGUGAAAAUGAUGGAAUUGGACGCGAAAAUCAAAACUUGUCUGUGUUUAGAGAAGGCAGACACAGAAAUGUGUCUGAAGUUGUUGGACGAGCUGUUGGAACUGGACACCAAGCCUCUCAUGCUGCUCAAGCACCCAGUGUGCCUCGAGACCGUGAAGCGCAUGCGCGCGUACGUGGGCAACACGGCCUCGUGGGACCUCAGCGAGGCGGAGGCCGUCCUGUUCAGCAAACACGCGCAUCGGAUACGGAAGCAGGCGGACGUAAUCUACAACAGCAUGAAGAAACUCUUCUCGCCCCCGGAAGGUCUCUCCUUCUUCGAGUACUUCACCGAAAGAGUGGAGCUCUUCAAACAGAUCACCAGCAAACUGUCCCAAGGGGACGUCAUGGAGAUGGUCCUCGAACCCAUAGAAAUGUCACAGCCGACAUCUCACACGAUGAAGUCAGCCGUUGAAUCGGCGAAUGACAUUUGCAACUCAGUAGACGCUCAGGCGAAGCAGACCGUAAAAGUCAAGAAGAUAGCGAACAUCCUGAAAAAGACGCCGAUGAAGAAGAAUGCAAAGAAGCAAGAACAGAAGCCGCAAGUGGAGAAGAAAAAGGAGGACAAUGAAUAUGCAGCUGAGAAAGAAGAGAAGAUUGAGAAGGAAGAGAAGAGUGAGAAGGAAGAGACAAUAGCGAAGGAAGAGAGCGCAAAAGUCGAGGAAGAAGAGAACAAAGAUCUUGAAAGCAUGGAGAAAGAAGACAACAAAGAUCUUGAAAGCAUGGAGAAAGAAGACACAAAUACAGACACAUCGAAUGACACAAUGGAGGCAAUUAAAGACAUAGAUAAGGAGACGGAGAAAGACACGGAAGAGAAAGUGGAGAAGAGAAAAUUCAGCAUAGAAUCGAAAUCGAGUUUAGAAGAGAAGGAAGAUGAACCCAAAGCUAAGAAAACGAGAGAGAGCAAGAAGACUGAUCUACCACCUCUGAAAUCUCCUGCGAAAAGAAAAUCAAAAGUUUGA